AUGCAGCGCACCCUGGCGAACAACCUCUAUGCCUACGCCUUCCCUGCAACCUUCCUCAUCCCCUUCCUCAUUGAGCCCGUUGCGACCAUCUACGCACCCUACAAGCUCAUGGUCAUGAUCAUCCGCACGCAGCCGCACAUUAAGGGCUUCAUGGCCGAGAACUUGCUGGGAGGUUUGGUCUUCGACCUCUCGCGCUAUGCCGACCUGAUGCUGGAUGCAAUGAUCGCCGUGCUCAUCUUCUUCUUCCCGGGAGGCUUCAACAUUCAGAUGUUCCUUGGCAUGGCCUUGUCCCACGUGUACAUCUAUGCCUUCGACCACUACCGCGUCCUCCGGUCCAUCCAGAGCUGCAACUACACAGACAAGAUGGUGGACUGGUGGUCGCAGUGGCUGAUGGCUAUCCCUUGUGGCUGCAUGUUGGCCUGCUUCGUCUUCAAGGCCAACUGCCAGCCGGGAUACUUCUGCAUGGAAGGUGACGAGAUGGUCACUGCAUGUGCACUGGCGUUCUUUGCCCACAUCCUGCUGCACACCGUGCUGCUGAAGUAUGUCGUGCCCAAGUUCGGCCUGACUGGCGAGUCUGAUGGUGCUGAGACGAACACCUACAAG